AUGGUCAACAAUUCCACUGCUAUCGUGAACCAUGGCCGCAGCCUACCCGAGACGACGUCCAGAUGCUCCACGGAGAGCGUCACCGCGACCCACAAUUUCGAGGUGGCCGAUUACCCGCUGCUCGACGGGUUGGGCGUCAACAAAUACAUCAGCUCGUGCGUCUUCAGCGUCGGUGGCUACGAUUGGACUAUCAGGUUCUACCCAGAUGGUAACAAGAAGGGCGAAUCUGCUGGUAAUGCUUCAGCCUUUUUGUAUUGUGCUAACCUACCGACAGGUGUGAGGGCCAAGUUCACCUUGAACAUGCUGGAAAAAGAGGGCAAAGUACAACUAACGAACUUCGGUUUGUUGGAGCAUACCUUCUCUCCGCCAACUGAUAAUUUUGGCUAUUCUACAUUUGUCAAGAAAUCGAGGCUGAAAUCAUCAUCAUCGGGCGUAAACAGUGGCUGCUUGAUUAUACGGUGCGUUCUUACCGUGAUAAAAGAACCGCGAACGGAAGUCAAGAGGAACCUUUUCGUGGUUCCGCGGCCAAAUCUGCAAGACCAUCUCAAGCAGAUGUGGAAGGAUGGACAAGGAGCAGAUGUGACAUUCAGUGUAUCUGGCCAGUUGUUCAGCGCCCACAGAUACUUGUUAGCUGCACGGUCUCCGGUCUUCAAAGCGGAGCUCUUUGGUCCAAUGAAGAAGGCAACAGACAGCAUCACGAUUGACGACAUCGAGCCACCAAUCUUCGAGGCACUUCUUCACUUUAUAUACACGGAUUCUAUACUAGAUGACUGGGACAACAAAGAAGGUAAAACUGCAAAGUUGCAGCACUUGCUCGUCGCGGCGGAUCGAUACGGGUUGGAGAGGCUAAGAGUCAUGUGCGUAGGCAGGCUGUGUGACAUCAUUGAUGUGGAAACGGUCGCGACUACGUUGGUUCUGGCAGAGCAGCAUCACUGCAGCGAUCUCAAAGAAACCUGCAUUGGGUUCAUGACCUCACAAAACAAGCUAGGAGAUAUCAUGGCAACGGAUGGAUUUAAGCAUCUGAUGUCAAGCUGGCCUUUGCUCAUGAAGGAUAUUUUAGACAAGGUGUCCUGUGUCUUGAGUGGCUAG